GCCGCGUGUCGUUUUGGUUAGGGCUCUUUUCUUCUCACAACUCUCUGCAUCAUACUCUCUAUUUCGGCUUCCUCCUCUCUGACAACUACAAAGGUUUGAACAGAAUGGGUGACAAAAAGAAGAAGGCUACUGUUUUCAUCCGACUUGUCUCAGCUGCUGGCACCGGAUUUUUCUAUGUCAAGAGGAAGCCUACUAAGGUGACAGAGAAGCUUGAGUUCCGAAAAUUUGACCCUCGGGUAAAUCGUCACGUUCUAUUUACAGAGGCAAAAAUGAAAUGAGCAACCUGCCUGUCCAAUAUAGAUGAUUUCAUUGCCCCACCUUGUUUUUCUUUCUGUUGUAGACACUUUGUUUUAAGGUAGGGACCUAACUCCUAAGAAUAUGCAGUCGUUGUUGGUGGUGUCUAUUUUAUCUUGAUGAAAGUUCGUGCUUUCUCUAUCUGAAGUAUAAUAAGUUCAAAUUUUGUUUGGCCAUUCAACUAGUCUUAUGCUGUUCCAAAACAAUGGUUGAUUGAAAUGUUGAGGAGCUUUUAUUAAGAGUUAA